AUGAGGGAAGUGAGUGGCCUCCAGAUUCUGCAGUCCAAAAUGAAGUGGCACCACCUGGAGAAUGCAAUUAAUGAACUAUGGAAUGCCUUUGCGGGCCUGCUGUGUCAUCAGUCCAUGGUCCUGGCCAUCAACUCCAGCUUUGUGGAUCCCGUACUGCAGUAUGAAACUCAGCUGAACGUAACUGAAGCAUCCUUUAGAAUGCUAUUAGCCCUACCAAACUUUGGAAAGUUGAGAGCACUGGGGAUUGGCAAUGAGGACCUCGAGGACCAGGAGAGUUUAUAUCAAAAUAUUUUACACAUAUUUGAGGACACUCUUCUGAUCUUAGUGUCUAAAGACCUCUACAAACUACAGAUCCUAAGGGAAAUGGUUUUGUGGGUGAAAGAAGAGCGUUUGUACCUGCAAGAGGAAGCACUGACGAUCAUCAGCAGGGUGCUAUGCUUUGCAUCUAAGAAAGUCCUAGGAGAUACGAGCGUGGACGCCCGGUGUCUGGGUGUCCUGGCUGCAGAGCUGUCUCUCCUGUGUUGUCAUGCUGACAGUGACAUCAUGAACCAGGCCUCCAUGGGACUGCACCACCUGCUCUGCAUUGCCAAGUGGCAGAACGGGCUGGUGGUCAUCCAUUCUCACUCAGACCUCAGUCCUUUUCCAUUGAAAAAGAGUGUAGGAAAUACUUUACUGCCCUCCUUGCUGACUGACUUUGUGUGGACCCUCCUGAUGAAACUGUCUGAAGCCAGUUUUGAAAUUGCCUCUGAGGCAGCCUCUAUCCUGAAGCUGACUCUGCAGUAUCACUCCCAGAAGGUCAUCAUGGUGUCUAAGAUUGUGAAUUUUAUUUAUAAGAAGCUGUGUGAAGAUCCCUCCCACAGCAUGAAGCACUCUAUGCUGCGGGUCACCACCUUGCUGACGCGCACUUCACCCAAGAAGGUCAUCUUUCAACUCAUGGACUACCCGGUGCCCGCUGAUGACACUCUAAUACUGAUGUGGCAAGCGGCGGGUUCCGAGGGGAGCGUGGCCCCUCUCGUGCUGAAGACUAUCCUUCUGAUCCUGAAAGGAAAGCCCGGAGAGACGGAGGAGGACAUGGAGGAAAAGAGGCGCUUCUCCCUGGACGCCACCAACAUGAUGCCUGUGGCGGCGUCGCAGGCCCUGUGCACGUUUCUGCCCGUGGGCUCUUACAAGAAGGCCGUGGCCCAGUUCUUCCCGCACCUCCUGUUGGCCCUCAUGCUGCAGCUCUUCUACAGCAGCCAGCUGAGAGUGAUGCCCCAGGACAGGCCGCUCUAUGCCCGGGACGCCCUGAGAGCUCUGCUGAACUCUUCCGGAUUACAAGAGGUGGAUGCUGCUCUGAAGAAAAAGAACUGCUGGACCCAGUUUUCCCAAGCACUGUAUCACCAACUCGGGGUUCACCUCAUUGCCAAAACUCUCAGUGAGUUCAACUUCCCACAGUUUCCAGAGACUCUACAUUAUUUCUACAAGAUCUCCGUGGAAGGUCCUAGAAGGUCCGAAGACAAUAUCGUCACAAUAAUAUUCUUCACUGAACUUCUGAAUAACUUCUUCAAGGACCCAUUCCCAGAAGAAUUUAUGGUCCUCUACAAAAACUGGAUCAACGAUUCCAACCCUGUGGUUAGCAAGUUGAGUCUCCAGAAAAUCGCCAACAUGGCCCCCGUCAUCAAUGAGAUAGAAAAUGUCUGCAGCCUACUGACAUCCAUCCUGGAAGCCUUCCAUUCCAAGGAACACACCGUUGUCAUCCGGGCCUUGCUCACCCUCCGGAAACUUCUAUGCAAACUGGACAGGGUGAUCUACUCCUCACUGUGCGCCAAAAUCGCUUCCAGCUACUGUCCUCUGAUGGAUCACAGCAAUGGGGGUAUUCGGAGCAUGGCCAUUCGACACUUUGGUGAGUUGCUGAAGGAUAUGAGUCAGUACACCUGGAUGCUGAACCCUUUGGCCCUUAGAGCCUUGGUGCCCCUGAUCCUGUUUUUGGAGGACAAGGAGAUAAGAGUCUCAAAAGCAUGUAAAUACACAUUAAGAAUCUGUGCCUCACAACUGAGGUGGCCCACACCAGUUUUUCUCAAAGAUGAAAAUUACAACUUUGAGCUGGUGGUGCUCAACAUCUGUAACCACCUUGCGGCUUCUCACGAGAGCUACAUUACAGAUUUAAUAUCUGAUACCUUAGGGUUCCUGGGGAGCUCCCGGCCAUGCCUGAGGAGAGGAUCGGUUAUUUUAGUAGGGUACUUGGCAAAGUUGGGUGCGUAUUUACUACUCAAAGAUGAAAUCGAAGUCAUGCUGGAGGUUAUUGAAAAAACAGUCCGGGAUGAAGACCCGGUGAUUCGGGAGUUAGCAAAAACAACCCGUGAUAUUUUUAGGGAAAUAGCCCACACGAUGACCUCCUCAACUAUCAAACAAACCUUCCGAAGAUGGUUUAAGUUCAUCUACACCAGAAAAUUGAAGCCUCUUUACAACUGGCCCAAGGACUACACCCACCCCCCUGUAGAUCCUACGAAAGGCAAUAAGGAGGGCUUCGUGGAAGAGGAGGAGGAGGAAGAGGAGCAGGAGAUUUUGAUCAAGAGCUACAGGUGCGAGGCCAUCUUGAAGCAGGCCAAGGAGGGCGAGUCAGAUUUCCCCUCCCCCUGA